GAUAAGUCCCCUUCUGGAGAUGACACCCCGGUCAAACGGCCACUUCGAUCAACACGAAGUGCAAAGCAAGCGCGGGAUUCGAAUGCCAGGCGCCUCGCUCUGGGCCAGACGAAAUUUUGCCAUCUGAAGCAAGCCGCAGGUUAGGUCGAUCCGUGAGUACCCGCGGACUGUCGUCCACAAGACAACUAGGGGUUGAAGGACCUAGCCAAGAGGGGCCGCAAACUCGGACUCGGACUCGUACGUCAUCGAAGAGACGGACGUCGACAUCGUCAAGAACUCGUGCACAUUCCAGAACAACUUCAAUGCAAAGUUUGGAAGAAUACGACACAGGCAUCACGACAGAUGUCACCGGAACAGAAUCCCUGGUGGAUGACGAGGAUAUUACAUAUACAAAGGAUGCGACUAGACCCAAGAGGGUUUCCAGGAAGCCUUCGUCAAUACGCAAAGGGUCGACAGUUAACGCUGUUGAUAUGGAUGCAGCCUCAGAUACUUCUGUUGUCAACGAGUCCACACCCUUAGCUUCAAGAAGCAAUAAGAUUGUGGGUGGGCAGACUAUUCCUGCACCGCAACUAUCAAGGCCAACCCCUCGAACGAGAUCAGUCUCUUCCUCUUCGCUCGCCCAACCCGGUGCGGGGGGGACUGUUACUGUUGAGAUCGACGUUUUAGAUCACAUAUCCAGGGUCAUGGAGGCUGUCCAUCCCGCAAAACCUAAACGUCCCAUCGUAGCCCUGCCAAAACGAACAUCUCAACAACCGAGUCCCCUAUCACAACCCCAGCCCGCAACGCGUACACCCCACCAGCAAAACCCUACUCCCACUUCUCCAGCGAAGCCACCAAAAAGUCCCCCAACAUCCACUGGCCACUAUGAUCCGUCCUUGGUCAUUCCUAGGGUAAAAUCCAAGUCAUCAGGCUCAAGAAUUGACACUGGUACAGUUGCAGAGUUCUCUUCCAAACUCGAAAGCAACGACAGUCAGGCAGGGACAGAAUCCCAUACCGAAACUCAAAUCCAGGACUCCAGCUUGAUUGGCAGGGGGGCGCACUCUCCCACACCACGGAAGGGGAAUCCACACCAUUCUGAUGGUCACCCUCCGAACGCUGAGCCUACCGUUGAAGUACAGACCCAAGAUGUCUCAGAGCCCCAAUCGACAACUUUGGUGCACCCAUCUUCCAGCUUCAGUUCCGACGGGUUUACGGAGGAACAGCUCGACAUGACAAUUCAACAGUUCAUUGAAGCUGAGACCCAGAGGGUGUACCAGAACAUGAAGCGGAGCGGUGAACAACUCAUUGAAGAGUUGGUCGAGGAAGGCAAGCGGCAACGAGCCAUCAUCGUGGCGCAUCUAAAUGCCAGCUCCAUUCCAGAAUGAGUUUUGUUUUUUUUUUUUUUGUUGUUUUUCAAAACUUCAGGUUGCCACGUUAUGUAUUUGCUGCUUGUUCAUAGUAUUGCACGGACUCAUACUCUUGCAUCUCUGUUUUGCAAUUAUGUAAUCGAACUCAACCGAAUCCCCACGGAGGCGAGGACUGUAAUGCACCAUUAUUGGAUUGCGAAGCGACUGGGUCAUAGCAUCGAUCAUAAGUAGUGAGAAAUACAUCAUAACCAGUUGCAUAGUGGUUGAGAGCAAGGGUGAUGGACAAGAGAUCACUGAAGAAUCAAUCA